CUUCUUAGGUAUUGGAAUGUUUAAUGCCUUAUAUACUUUAAUGCAACAGCUUUUGUGUCCAUCAGGUUAUUCAAAUCAAUUUAGUGGUUUUACUUCUGCUUUAUUAAUUACUGGAGGAGUUGUUGGUGCAACUGGAGCAAGUUUUGUUGUUGAUAGAACAAAACUUUAUGUUGAAACAAUGAAAGUUUCUAUGGCUGUAGCUGUUGGAUUUGGACUUGUAUUUCUUCAGUUAAUACUUCAUCGUGAAAUGGAUAUUUGGAUUCUUUUGGCCUGUUUCAUUUUUGGUGUCUUCGGGUUAGCUGCGUAUCCAGUUGGAUUACAACUUUCGGCAGAAUGUACUUAUCCAGUCUCGGAAACAACAUCAACAGGUCUAGUUGUGUUAAGUGGACAAAUUCAGACAAUUAUUUAUUUAUCUGUUAUGAAAACAUUGGCUACACCAUUACAAUCAUUAUAUCGAAAAUAUGAGGUGUGUACUUUACUUAAAGUGGCAGAGCACGAUCAUUUAUCUUCUAUUCCACCUACUUGUGGACAUGGAAAUAUUUCAAUUAAUGUAGCUGACAAUGAACAGACUGUUGAACCGAUGGAUUUUACUCUUUCAGUUAUUGUUAUGUCAAUGAUAGCCGCUUUUAUCGUUUUAAUUUUACUUUUAUUAUUCCGUCCAAAACUUCGACGAAUGGAAAUGGAAAAUGUUUUGUUGAAUGCAGAUUCAGGAAAAGAAUUGGAAGUUGGAGUUAAAAUUGAAGAGGAAAAAGUAAAUUUAAAAAUAAUUACUCCUGAUGGAGUACAAAAUACGAAUGAAAAUUAA